GCGAUCUUACCACACAUCAAAAAACGCACACUGGAGAGAAGCCAUACACAUGCAUGGAAUGUGGCAAGAACUUCAGCUGUGGUAGUGCUCUUACUAUCCAUCACAGAACGCACUCUGGGGAGAAGCCAUACACAUGCAUGGAAUGUGGCAAGAACUUCACUAAGAUUUGGAAUCUUACCAUCCAUCAAAGAACGCACUCUGCAGAGAAGCCAUACAUGUGCAUGGAAUGUGGCAAGAGCUUCAGUGUCAGAGGAAAUCUUGCAGUCCAUCGAAGAACGCACACUGGGAAGAAACCAUAUGCAUGCAUGGAAUGUGGCAAGAGCUUCAGUGACAGAGGAAAUCUUGCAGUCCAUCGAAGAACGCACACUGGGAAGAAGCCAUAUACGUGCAUGGAAUGUGGCAAGAGCUUCAGCCAGAGUAGCAAUCUUACCGUCCAUCACAGAACGCACUCCGGGGAGAAGCCGUACAUAUGUAUGGAAUGUGGCAAGAGCUUUAGGUGCAGUAGCUAUCUUACCGAACAUCAAAAAACGCACACUGGGGAGAAGCCAUACACAUGCAUAGAAUGUGGCAAGAGCUUCAGUCAACGGGGGAAGCUUACCAUGCAUCAAAGAAUGCACACUGGGGAGAAGCCAUACACAUGCAUGGAAUGUGGAAAGAGCUUCACCCAGGGAUUCAGUCUUACAGUCCAUCAAAGAACGCACUCUGGGGAGAAGCCAUACAUGUGCAUUGUAUGUGGCAAGAGCUUCAGCUGUAGUAGUACUCUUACGGUCCAUCACAGGACACACUCUGGAGAGAAGCCAUAUGCAUGCAUGGAAUGUGGCAAGAGCUUCAGCUGUAGUAGUAGUCUUACCAUCCAUCACAGAACGCACUCUGGGGAGAAGCCAUACACAUGUAUGGAGUGUGGCAAGAGCUUCAGUUGUAAUAGUACUCUUACCAUCCAUCAAAGAUGGCACACGGGAGAGAAGCCAUACAUGUGCAAGGAAUGUGGAAAGAACUUCAGCCAAAGUGAACAUCUUACAGUCCAUGAAAGAACGCACUCUGGCGAGAAGCCAUACGCAUGCAUGGAAUGUGGCAAAAGCUUCAGGUUCAGAGGGAAUCUUACCAGACAUCAAAAAAUGCACACUGGAGAGAAGCCAUACACGUGCAUGGAAUGUGGCAAGAGCUUCAGCCUCAGUGGGGAUCUUACCAUUCAUCAAAGAAUGCACCCUGGGGAGAGGCCACAGACAUGAAUGAAAUUUAGAAAGUGCUUCUGUCGGAGGGGAGACUUUACUGAACAUCAACGAACUCACCCCUGAGAUACAGCUUUCAAAUGCGUUCAAUGAGCAAUGAAGGGAUCUUGCGUGCAGCAUCCAUGGUAAAGAUUUUAUCCCAGUCCAUGGUCACCGGGAAUGGCAAACUCCAUGCUGGUUAUAACAAAAUAGAAAAUAGUCUAACCAUGAACUUUCUCCCAUUGGCCAAAUCCUUGGUGUAUCUGCCCUUGACGUUUUGUGUCCUUUUCUGGAUGCCUCACCUGGACAUGGACGUUGUUGCCUUGUGGAAGGACAAGAAAGACGAUUGGAAGGGCAGGGGAGGGGGGGCAGGGGCGAGAACAUUUCCCCAGUGUGGGUGACAUCUGCGGGGAACUUUACUGUAGGUCAUGUAAUUAGUUUACUAGUGCUUUUUAAUUCUUUCCUCAGGUUAAGUCAGGUCCUGUAGAAGUUAUUGAAAUUUUAAAUUUGUUUUAAUGUAGUGUUUGGACAGUAUCCAGGAAUCUCCAUAGGAAAAGUUCUGCAGGGCACCUUCCUUCCCCCAAACAUGCCCAAAACAAAAGAACCAAUGAAGGUUUACUUGGUCUCUUUUUAAAGUGACGGUGCUGCACAGAAGCCUCCACGAACCCAACUGAAAUCCAUCAGGUGGAAGCAUUGCUUUUUUUUAAUUUAGUACGCAAACUGUUGCAUUGAGAAUGCAUGUCCUCUGAUUCUGCAGAGCCUCAGGAAGGGGUAACCUUUAAAGUACCCACCCUCGCUGAGACUGAGAGCCUUCCUUCUGUAGACUGAAGCCCUCUGAGGAAGAAAGAGCUUUCCCAGGCAGGGUUUUCUUAGCCUGGGACACUUGCCCGGGCUCAAAAUGAUGCCGAAGAGCAGGAUGCGCCUGGUGCCUCUCCUCAAGGAGAAGAUGCAGGCUGUAGAGGAUGGCAUGGCCAGGAGGCCCCUCGAGUUGACCCAGAGGGGCCUGGGGGAGGCGUGCAGCCCAGGGGCGCUCUGGAUGCGAGCGCCCUCUCCGUCCUGUGCUUGGAGAUGAGGAGAACAGGGAUGGGCGGCAGGUCCAGGGCUGGAGGGGCGGCUGCAUGAGGGCCCUCGUGGGCCAAGGGAGGGCCAGGCGGGGGGAAGUCUCCUGGCAAAGGGCAGUGGAAGGCAAGCGGGUUCAGGAGCAGUGGGUGACGCUCAGAAGGGAGGUCCUGGAGGCCAAGCCAGGAGGACCCCCUGAUGGGAACCAGUUCAGUGCAGGGUCACAAGGAUGGGAGCCAGAUGUGGGCCUGGGGAUGGCAGAUGAGGUGAGGCCGAGGGAGCUGGGUCUUCUCAGCCGGGAGAAGAGGAGACUCAUGGGGGAAUCUUGCAGUGGCACGUAAGCGUGUGAAGGGGUGCCACACGGAGAGCGUCACGACCUCUUCCCCCCUGCAGCGGAGGAGAGGAUGUGGUCCAGGGGGGCGAAUCGCAAGGAACUGGGUCUCGGGUGGGAUGUCAGGAAGUACUUCCUGUUGGUGAGGACCCCUAGGAGGUGGAAUGGGCUUUCCGGGAAGGCGGUUGAGGCCCCGUCAAGGAGGGUGUUCAAGGAAAGGUUGGACAGCCCCCUGUUGGGGAUGACAUGA